UCGUUUCGAAAAAUGAAGAUAAUUAAUUUUUAUUGUAGACGGACAUCGUUUUAAGAUACAUAGUAUGGCGAUCGCGCAUCCGGAACUACUCUGGAUAGUUGUGACAUCAGGGCUAGUGGCUGUAUUUCUGGCUAUGGCCAUUGGUGCCAACGAUGUUGCUAACGCGUUGUCAACAUCUAUCGGAAGCGGAUCGCUUAAGCUCCGAACGGCGCUAAUUGUAGCUUUUGUUUUCGAAAUUUUUGGAGCGCUGCUGCUCGGAGGUUCGGUGUCAGACGCUAUUCGCAAAAAGGUGUUGAAUUUUGACGCUUUCAACGAUGCUCCAAGGGAUCUGGCGGUUGGUAUGAUGACCUCGAGUCUCAGUGCUACAAUAUGGCUAAUGUUUGCUACGUGGUUCGGUAUACCAGUAUCUACGACACAUUCGAUUAUUGGAGCACUGGCAGGCUUUGGUGUUGCGUCAGGUCGUGUUGAUAGUGUUCGUUGGAUAAAGAUGUUCUAUAUCCUUCUAUCAUGGAUCAUCGUUCCAAUUAUUGCUGUGGUUGUCAGCUGCACGUUGUACAUCUUAUUGCAGGAAGCCAUGUUAAAGAGGAAACAUUCAUGUACCAUUUUGAUGUACACGCAACCGUUUUUGAUUGCUUGUACAACGUUGCCAUUGGUAAUUUUGUUGGCUUUUGAAAACCCACUGAUGAAGGUUAAUACCACGGAAGGUGCAAUAUACAACUAUGUCCAGUGGUUCAAUGCCUCAGCGGGAAAUAAAGCAAUUGUAAUAUUUUCAAUGUCAUUAUUGUUAGUAUUAAUUCUAACUCCUUCGUCAUACAUCCCUGGUGUUAACCGCAUUAAAAAUGGUUGGUCGUUUCUGUCGACGCAGCAAAUUGCAACCAAGGAUAUUGACAACAACUGUAUGUCAAAAAUUAAGUGCUUCUUCGCAAGGGAAAGGUCACAAUCGAUGCAAUUAAACAUUGGUAGAAGCCAACUUGAGGUAAUAGACAUGUCAAACGUAUCUUCAUCCAAGGUUACUCACGAACGUUUGUUGCAGAGUGCAAUGGAUAUGGAAGACACUGCUAGAGUUAUUGAACAGGUGAAGGAUACUGAAAAUCACAAAACCGAAGUUCUUUUUUCGGCUAUGCAAAUCAUUGGUGCUAUAACCGUCAUUAUCUCACACAGUGCCAAUGAUACAGCUAAUGCAGUGGCGCCAUUUGCUACAGUCCUAUUGUUGUAUCUUUACGGUGUAGAGGAGAGCAAAGCUUUCACCCCUUGGUAUAUUUUACUUUUAGGUGGUCUAUGCAUGUCAUUCGGUCUCGCGUUUUUUGGUUACCAAGUUAUCAAAAAUGUCGGGAUGAAAUUGACCAGGGUCACACCAUCAAGGGGAUACACCAUUGACACAACAGCUGGAAAUAUAGUUUUAAUAGUCAGUUAUCUGGGCAUACCGCUUAGUUCCACUCACGCCAGUGUUUCUAGCAUUCUUGGAGUUGGACUUGUGGAAAACCUCAAGACACAAAAUUUUAAUGAAGUACAGGUGCUUGAACUUGAGGGUCCCAAGCCCACUCGGUGGACGAAAUUUCCCAUCUUAAAUCGUAUAUCUACGAAAUACGUCAACUUUAAGUUAUACAGCAAGAUCUUUGUGACUUGGAUCACAACGAUAUUUGCUAGCGGCAUUAUGUCUGCCACUUUGUAUGUGGUGGUCAUAUUCUGCUGCAAAAUUUUUUCCUGAAACAGAGUUAGCACUAAUGUUGUAAAGUAUGU